AUGAAUGUCGGGUCCAUUUUGAACAAGGAGUCGCCUCCCAGCGAAUCGGAAGAUGUUGUCAGACAGCCACACGUCGAGUCGUCACCUACCAGUCUGGUGACUUCUGCCAGACACUCGAUAGUGAACAUCCUAAACGACGACGUCAACAGAGAUAAGGCGCAGGGAUUCAACAAGCCAGUCAGCCCUGUGGCGAGAGCCAGUCAGGCUGCGCAGGAGGCGCCUCGACCGAUCAAACGCAAUUCCAUUGCUGAUAUCACCAACAAAGAAUCUUCGGACGAAGACAUCGACAUAUCAGAUAUAAAGGACGAGGAGGAAAGGGAGCAAAAGGAACAAAAGGAGCAAAAGGAGGAGGAGGACGCUCUCGCCAGGUUGAAACAGAUCAAAAAUAGCACGAAACCCACCCGAUACGAGACCCCCCCAGUAUGGGCCCAGACCUGGAUCCCACCCAACCAAGCACGCCAUCACCGUGACAACCACAAUAGCUACCCUAAGCAAGAGCUCAGAAACACCCCUACCCCCACAUCUGCCACCAAAUUCAGCGACAAGAGGGUGUUCGACUACACGUCAACUCCCAGUGCGGACUUGGAGUGCAGCAUCACCGGAAUAAUUCCUCCUCCGUCCGUGACCAGAACCAUUGCUGAGUGGAUUUUUGCCAAUUUCAGGGACAUCGCCGACCACAACCGUAAGUACGUCGAGUUGGAGUUGAAAUUCGGCACCAUUAUGGACAAACUGAGAGGGAAAAGAAUCAACCUCAACGUCACCACCGAGUGCGUGUACACAAACCAUUCAGACGUGUACUUCGACAUGCAGGUAGACGAGAAGGCGUUCUCAGAGAUCAGCAAACUCUUCCAGGAAUUGGAGCACACUUACCAAGAGGAGCUCAAAAAACCCUCGGGCAAAAAUAAACCCAAGAGGAAGUUCAACACAUUCGACUCCGAUAUCACUGACAAUUUUUUCCAGGUCAGCAAACCUGGCGAACAGCCCAAAUCGGUACGAGUAUCCAAGGACAACACCUUGACUCCUCCCAGAUAUACUGGGAUCGAAAAGCAGAGAAUCCUGGACUUAUUUAUACACAACCCAUCGUCGAUGUAUGACUUGAGGCUUUCGUUGGCACUUGAAAUACCGGUCCAAGACACCCAGGUGGAGCAGCUCGUGGCCCGCAGCCAGCCCAACUUGGUCAGGGACAAGAAGAGAAACACCUGGGCCCAUGCUCAGACGGUGACUCGGUUCGAUCUCACCCAGGUCUUUAUUCCGCGUGAAUCGAAGAACCUGGCAGGGAAGAAAAUCGUCUCCUACGACAAGAGCUUUGAGGUGGAGUUGGAAAUCGACACGCUCGAGGUAUUCAAUGCCAUUGACAAGGUGCUCCAGGGCACCGACCGGUUCCGUUACGAGGAGUUGGUGGAAAUCUACGUGAAUAACGCACGGGUGUUGAACAACAGAGUCACCCGGUUGGCAGUGCCCUGA